AUGGGUUCUGGUCUCUCCUCAUCCCAACAACGAACGUCGUCUUCAACAAACAGUACAGGGUCAAGUGAUGCUGCUGCUCCUUCUUGGAUGAACGGAGGUCAACGUCCUCUCAGAUCAUCCGAAUAUCUUGUAGAAGCAAGUGAAGGUCCACCUCGAUUCACAAUAAGAAAAUCAAUGCCCUCGACGUCACUGGAGAGAGCAAAAGACGAAGAGUUGAAGCAUCGAGAAGAUCUUCUUACAUGCAGGGAUCUAAAGCAUUCUUCAGUAUCAUCAUUGUUCUCACACAAUGAGAAGGCAACAGAAAGAAGGAUAAAGGACCUGCAUGAAACAACCUCGGCAGACAUUCUUCAUGAUGGUAGAUCAUUAAGAAGAACAUCAUCCUUACCAGCAGGGACACAUGUGGUUGUCGACAGGCAGCACCAAUCAUGCGCCGCCGAAUUGGUUGACGGAACAUGUCACAAGAUGAGGAAGAAGUACUUGCUCACAACGUCGUUUCUUGAGGACGAUUAUGAACCAUCCGAACCAGAAGGUUGUGGAAUGGACACUCAGGAGUCUAAUGAUACAACAGCCAUGGUUGAUGGUGGGAGGUGGACAGCAUCAUUGAAUACACAGAUCUCAAAGCCCUAUUCGCAAUCCUUUACAAUAAGAAGACCAACCAUUCCUGUCGAAUGUUCUUCCAUGGCAGCAGAACAGUCUUCAUAUCAUUUUUCUCAAUACCAUGAAAGAAUUCUUACUCCUCUCCUUGAGGAGACAAUGGAAAUCAACCAACGUGGCUUUCCUGCUGAAAACUCUUCUCCCUCAAAGGACACUCCAAAACUAUCUUCUUCAAGACAGCAGCAACCUAUGGAGGACAAUCAACAGCAAGUUUCAACGUUCAAUGCUGCAACUGCAAUGUCUCCUGGAAAUUGUAUCAUUAUUUCGAAUCACAAGAAUGGUAAUAAUAGCUUGAUUCGAUCUUUCAGCACAAACUGCUUUUCAAAAGACGUUCAAGUCGUUCAAAACGAAUCUUCGCGUCGUGUCAAAGGUGAACUAUCAUCCACAUUUCAUUCUCUUCAAUCGUUGUAUUCACCAACGAAGAAGAUCUAUCAUUCACAAUCAGCUAUAGGAUUAAGGUCUCUCCUCCAUCCAUCUCUAGACAAACAAAUGCUGGUAAAAGUUCCCCUUCUCACUGUGACUCGACCUGAUGAACCACCUUGUUACAGUCAUUUACCACCUAGCUUGAGAAAUAAGAAUGACAGCUCUUCAUGUAUAGUACACAAAAACAGGCAAUACCUUGACGUGUUGUAA